AUGCGUUUUACAUCGAUUGAUGCAAUCGACAUAUCGUCCACCUGGGCCUGCGAUAGCAAAGAGCAGAGACACAAACCGACCGAGACGCACCGACCAGCGCCCGGCUUAAUCGGCCUAACUGGCCCAACCGGCCCAACCAGCUUGACCAAGUUGACCAGCCCAACCGGCUCAUGCAGACAGUCUGGAGACGCCCACACGUUCGCAUCUCGGCCCGACUGCCCUGCCUGGCUCGGGCUACAGCCGGUCGCCACCACCACCACCACCUCUCCUUCCAAUUCGUCCCCUGCCUCAUCCCCGUACAUGUCGUCCUCUUCCUCGUCCUCUUCCUCGUCCUCGUCCUUCUCCUUUAGCCUGUUCUCUCUUUUGUGCGCUCCGCCUUUGUCCCAUUGGCUGCCUACUUUUGCAGCCAUUUCUUGUCCAGACAAUUCCAACGUUGCCUUGACCCAUAGCGCCUGGUUGUGCUGGACGCGGACUGGCCUUGUUUACAACAUCUUAACACGGUCCCGCGCCUAUUAUCGAUCUGCCUCCUUGCCAGCAGCCUUUGCUCGACAUCGACUGUCCCCUGGGCUCUCUUUUGUCUGUCUGUAUAGAUGCCUCUCUCUAACUCUCCAGUCUAGCCCUGCUUGUGGCUCUUCAGACGCGAUCAAUACGUCUAGCCUCUGA